ACUGGACAUUGCGCAAUGGGUGUCGACGAUCAGAAGGAGGAACGCGAGGUUCUUGAGUCCAUCUUUCCCGACGAGAUCACAGGUAAUGUUUCCGAGACAGAGUUCCGAAUCGCAAUAACGCUCGACGAUGGCCGACAUGAAGACGAGGAGAGGGAAGAUGAGCAGCCAAUCAUCAUCCUCAAUGUCGCCUAUCCUCCAGACUACCCCGACGAAGCCCCCCGACUCGACGUAACGCAACCGCCCAAUGCGCCCAAACAUCCCUAUCUGGACAUACACGAAGAUAAGCAGCGGCUCCUCGACUCUCUCAAAGAGACGAUAGAAGAAAAUCUUGGCAUGGCCAUGGUCUUCACCCUCGUAACCGUCAUCAAAGAUAGUGCCGAACUGCUCAUUACCGAACGCCAAAACGCAAAGCAAGCCCUCGUCGAGAUAGCCGCUGCCAAGGCUGAGGAAGAAGAGAACAAAAAGUUCCAAGGCGAAGCUGUUACACGCGAAUCAUUCCUGGCGUGGAGAGAAAAGUUCAGGAAGGAGAUGGAGGAGGAGAAGAGACGGAAGGAGGAGGAGAAGGAACUAGAGGACAAGAAGAAGAGAAUUGUCAAGGAAGAGAAGAAGUUGACCGGAAAGGAGCUCUGGCAACAGGGCUUGGUAGGAAAGACAGAGGAUGACGAUGACGAUGAAGUGGAUGAAGUGGAUGUGGGCAAAUUGAAGAUUGAGGCGACAUCGUGAUCCAUCGAGUCUAGAAGUUUGCGUCUAAAAUCGAGUGUAUAUACCCAUCAGGCACCGCCCAGCUAUGUCAGAGUAAACCGUGUCAUCAUGACUUCGGCUUUAUCACUAGUAUAGGUCUCCUCUUUCUCCCUCUAACGAUUGUUUGUCCCUCCUUCAAAGCCAGCUCCAUCUCCUUGUCUACAAUUGCUUGCAUGUCCUUCGUCAUGUCCCGAUCCUUCCGUAACUCCCUUUCGUACGCCCACUGAUUCUGCAGUUCUGCUUGCCGAACUGCAUCAAUCCACUUGACAGAAUCCUUGUCUUCUCCCAACUGCUCUUCCAGGAAGUCAUCCCACUUGUCCUCCUGUCGACACGUUGGGAGCCACCAAUUGUUCAGAAGAACUUUGGCGUCAAACAAAUCCGUCUUUCGUUGUAGUCGUUGACGGAGAAUGCGACUUAGGGCUGGUGGCUGCGGCUUUGUAAGGCGAAGGAAGGGGGUACCAUUUGCCGAGGCAAGUACUGGGACGUGGCGGGGCCCAGACGUCUUCGCGUAGGGGCGCACAUUCAGGACGGCUCGUUCUGGAGGAAGACACGCGAGUCGUUCUUUGGGAGGUGUAGACGACGCUUGUCGACGAGGCCUUAUCGGAGGCGCACGUAUUAGAGCAGGCGGU